AUGGAGAUGCAAGACGUUCUAGACGAGGACUCGGAGAUGAGCGACUGGCUCAUCGACCGAGACUCCAAGCUGGGCGUGGUGCUCCACGACAGACUGAUGACAGAUGCCCUCGGCGCAGCCCCCAUCAAGACAGAACACAGCUACAGUUUACAUUCAGACGUUGAAUCGGCGCCCCCUUCGCCCAAUCAUACCAAAGUAGACGAUAUGGAAGACGAAUGCUAUCCCGCAAUUCCAGCCAGCGCGUGGCGGAGCAGGCGGCGCUCCAACUCCCCCAUAACUAUAGUGAAAUCGGAACCCAAGUCAGAGCCAGAAUCCCCGGCGUCCUCGUGUCCACCUUCUCCGACCCCCAGCGCACCUGUAACACACGUCGACUACGUUAUCGAUCACACGACGGGUACAAUUCACAUGCCACAGGCCGUGCUGCAAAAGGUUGGUGCAGCAGGAGUCCCGCAGCUCCUGCUGAGCGCCGCCCCACGGAUCGCCAACACCUUAAAUAACAAUAAGCUCUCCAUCAAAGUCACAUCCUCGGGGUCUUCAGGAUUCAAUCUUCCACCAACGCCGCCGUCGUCCCUCUCAUCAUCAGACAGCGAAGGUGCGCUGUCGCCGGCGCACGAGACCUCUCCCCCCGCGGCGGCUGCAGCCCCCACUCGCAGGAACCAUCUAUACGUGUCACACCACUCCAGACAACCUAUCAAUACGCCGCUGAUUAGCAGCCAACCGAAAGGUUCAACGGGCACAUUAGUGUUAACGGAAGAAGAGAAGCGCACAUUGCUAGCGGAGGGAUACCCGGUGCCCACGCGCCUUCCCCUCACCAAGGCUGAGGAGAAAUCUCUCAAGAAAAUUAGGAGGAAAAUUAAAAAUAAGAUAUCUGCACAAGAGAGCAGACGCAAAAAGAAGGAAUACAUGGACCAACUAGAACGGAAAGUGGAGAUACUUCUAUCAGAGAACUCAGACUAUAGGAAAAAGGUGGACAAUCUAGAACAGAAGAACGCUAGCCUUAUGAGUCAGUUAGCGGCUUUGCAGGCUCUGGUCAACCGGGGUGGUCGCAAGUGA